AUGAGCGGAGUACGAAUAUCCGUAGACGAACAAAAGGCUAUUUUUGAUUGUCAACAACAGUUCGGCAACCAAUACCGGCAAUAUAUUCCUUAUUUACGUACAAAUCAAAAUGUUGCUGAUGCAGUAAAAAAUAUUUAUAAAGCAAUAACAGAUAAGCAAGCUGAAGCAAGAGUAGUUAAUUAUUUACAACGUGAAGGAAAGAAGGUUAGAAAUAAUUCCAUUAUCAAAAUUCAUGUAACAACAAGCAGCCAGAAUGAUGAGGUUGAUGAUAUGGAUGUGGAUGACGAGAUUGCACAAGAAAUGCCGAAGAACAAAGAUUUACAACACUUUGUAGAAGCAGCAGAUGUUUUUGAACACGACUCUCUCGACGGCUCAUUCACUGGUUUCGUCCAUCGGCAACCAAGUUCUGUUCGUCGAGUCGUGACAAGACAAACACCGAUUUUUCAUCAAACGGUUGGUCAAACUCUUCAGGUUCCCUCGGCAGUCAAUCCAUCAGCUUCCUAUGUACAACCACUAACGUCUCAACAACCUUCAAAAUCGGUCACAUCAGGUACUGUUGCCCCACCAACAAUUGCUAACCAACAGCAAACAGCUGCAACUAGAGGAAAUCGGACUCGUAGACGGGAUCAAGCUGCCAGACAAUCUCAGCAGCAUACAAACGAUGUUAAUCAGCAUCCAGUUGAUAUAAGUGUGGAUAAUGCCUCUCCAACUCGUGCUGAUCAUCCAACAAGAACAACAAUCACAGGGAUGAUACGGGAAGCAAUUAGUCACUACGAUGAUUUUUCAGACACUGGUUUUCGACUGUAUGAUCGGAUGCUCGAUGAGCUGUGA